ACACACCUGUGUUGACCUAUGAACCCGGAAAUGAAUGAAAAGAGCAGAACAAAAUUUCAUCAUGAUCAUGUUCAUUUUUCUCUAAUUUUAUGCAAAUAAAAGACAAAUGAAUGUAUACUUUUUGGUUGAAAGAAUAUUGGUGUUGAAAUUUAGUAGUUGACGAUGUCAGUAUAUCAACAGGCAACUGAAGCACCAGAUGCCCAAGACAAAUCCAAGAUGUUCAAGUCAGGAGUCCUUGUUUUGACAUCGUCAAUCCUCCGAAAAACAAAAACCCUUGCUCCACUAUUGAGCAAAGCAUCACAGUCGGUAGAUGAAACCCUCUACAUAUAUCUAGAUCCAGAAGCAAGCAGCCAAAAUGAUAACCGUGUACCUCUUACUAAAGGAAUACAGGACUUAGUCAUUCAAACUUAUGUUAAAGCCUCAAGAAGUGCCUUAGAUGUCCGCUUCUUUUUGGACAAUUUGGGAAAAUGUUCACCAAAAGUUACUUUCAAGAGAUUUCCUGCUGUUGCGAUAUGUGAAAAAAACACUGACAUCGCAAAGAUUGUGAAUUCCAGACUUUUGGUUAAUCGGACAAAUGUCACCAUAUUGCCAGUGAACAGUACUGAAAGUGGUCAAGAUGAGGAAAUUGCAGAUUUAUCCGAUGGACCUUUGAAAACCUAUGAAAAUGUCAUCCUUGGAGGAACGUUUGAUCGACUGCAUAACGGGCACAAAAUAUUAUUGUCACAGGCUUCUUUGAUUUGUAACAAGAGAUUGACAGUUGGUGUGACCAAUGGCAAAAUGAAUGAGAAGAAGUCCCUGUACGAACUUAUGCAGUCCACGGACGAAAGGAUCGGUGCAGUUAAAGAAUUCUUAGAUGACAUAAAGCCGUCUUUAUUCAACGAUGUCGUCCCUAUCACCGACCCGUUUGGACCAACUAUCACGGAUGAGAAUUAUCAGUGUUUGGUCGUGAGCCAAGAAACACUGAAGGGAGGCAAUAUGGUGAACACAGAGAGAAAGCAGAAGGGUUGGAACAUGUUGGAGCUGAAUGUGAUAGAUUUAGUUGAAGACGUCGACCAUUCUCCAGAAGAAGAGACCAAGAUUAGCUCAUCCUCUGGCAGGAAGCGGUUAUUGGGUACGCUCCUCAAGACGCCAGUGUUUGACCCUCCAUCAAGAACAUCUCCAGAUGUGUAUGUCAUCGGCCUGACAGGAGGCAUAGCAAGUGGCAAGUCCUCGGUGUGCAAGCGGCUGAAGAAACUAGGAGCAGCUAUCAUAGACUGUGAUAAAUUAGGUCAUGUUGCGUACGUCAAGGGAACGAAAGCAUUUGAUCAAAUUGUUGACGUUUUCGGUUCGGACGUCGUCGGUUCUGAUGGAGAAAUUCACCGAAGAUCACUCGGCGCUAAAGUAUUUUCGGACAAGUCCCAGUUGACUAAAUUGAAUGAGAUUGUCUGGCCAGCCAUAGAGGAGUUAGCGAGGAAGGAAGUUAUGGAACAUGUCAGCCAAGGAAAGAAGAUAGUGAUCUUGGAUGCUGCAGUCCUCUUGGAGGCUGGUUGGCAGAAUAUGACGAAUGAGGUGUGGGUGGCUGUUAUUCCAAGAACUGAGGCUGUGAAACGAAUCAUGGAAAGAAACAAAAUGAGUGAGGAAGAAGCAAUGAAGAGGAUUGACUCCCAGUUGUCUAAUACUGAGAGAGUGAGCCAAGCAAACGUUGUGCUAUCGACGUUGUGGGAUUAUGAUGUCACUCAGAAACAGGUGGAGAAAGCAUGGGAACUGCUCACGAAACGGGUGCAAAGUUCAAGCAAACUCUAGAGGCUCAACCAAUACCGAUUUUCGUUGCACCAGAUGGUCACAGGCAUGUGAAGAUACCAAAAUCAACCUGUCAAUUAGUGCUUGAUCAACCUAAAAUAACACGGACAGGAAAAAUUUUCUGUGCAUGUACCGGUUGAAGAGGCCUUUAUUACAUGUAAUAGGCUUGUGUGAAACAGACAAACCAAAACAGGCUACAGUGUCUACUGUAUAAUAUACUAGCUCAUGAGACACACUUCCUAUGAUGGCAUUUAUCAAUGACAUUUCAAGUUCCGUCGAAAUCAUGAUGUGCUGUUAUGAAUGAAAUAAAUUGUUGAUUUUGUGACUA